ACUGGUUAUAAAAGGAAAGAGCCUUGACUCCUUCCUGGAUGGUUAAUGAUGGAUAAUAAUUAAGAGACAGAGAACUGGAGUGGGCACCCCACAAUGGCAGAUCAUACUGGGCUCCUGGCGCUUUCAGGUUGUGAGUCAAGUGGAGUCAGUUUGUCACUGGAGGUCAUGCAUUCGAGGGGUCAUUCACCCUGGACUGGCAGCAAAGGCAUCAGGCCUGGGUGUGUGCUAAGGGCAGAGCUACCAAAUGGGCCCCUGCUGGUGUGAGCUCUGUAGGUGGAUUGCCUAGCUACAACUGCAUUUCUCAGAAGAGUUCCUGUGAGGAAGAAGGGGAAAACACAGAAACCAGGGCCAUUCCACCCAGCCUCAAGUCCCAGGAAUCCUGGGUCCAGGGGCAGAAACAUCUCAAUCAGGAACAGGAACAUGGACCACAGUGCAGAGAAAGCUGCAGCCAAUGCCGAGGUGCCCCAGGAACUGCUGGAAGAAAUGCUUUGGUAUUUUCGUGCAGAAGAUGCGGCUCCUUGGAAUUAUUCCAUCCUGGUCCUGGCAGUCCUGGUGGUCAUGAUAAGCAUGUUCCUCCUGAGAAGGAGCAUCCUGGCAAACAGAAAUCGAAAGAAGCAGCCACAAGACAAAGAAACACCAGAAGACCUGCAUCUUGAUGACUCCAUAAUGAAAGAGAACAACAGUCAGGUCUUCCUAAGAGAGACAUUGAUCUCAGAGAAGCCAGACUUGGCCCCGGGGGAAACUGAGUUGAAAGAGAAAGACUCAUCACUUGUCUUUCUGCCAGACCCACAGGAAACCGAGAGCUAGGGAGCGUUGAGAGUACCCCAUAAUGCCGCUAACUUAUUUUUAGCAGACUCAAUAAACAAACUACAAUC